GUUCAUUCAAAAAUUUCCUCAAAAAUAAUCAAAUAAAAAAAAAUCCUUUGUGAAUGAAACAAUUUACAUAAAAAUCAUGCCAGAAAUUCUCUCAAAUCCUCUCCACAAGCGAAUUAUCCUGCACUGCCUCUCCAUUGUCUUCGGUUUCAGUUCUUGGAUGGGCGUUAAUGCGAUUUUCCUCGAAGUACCGAUCAUCAUCAACGGAGCACCCGAAGGCUGGAAGUUAUCCUCUUACAUUGUUUUGAUUGUGCAAAGCGGCAAUAUUGGCGUCGUGCUUUACAAUUUGUUGCAAAAGUUUUGGCCCAUUAAAGAUGCUUACCUGAUUUAUUUGAUGUUGACUCUCGGAUGUGUGGCAUCACUUUUAAUCGGAUUUACGUACGAUCGCACGGUAGAAAUUGGAGGACAUGCACGAAGUUUGCCGCUUUUUGUGUUUACGUUCCUCUUUGCACUUGUGGCUUGUACGAGCAGCGUAAUGAUGAUGCCUUACAUGGGACGCUUCCUCAAGCAAUAUAUCAUCACGUAUUGCAUGGGAGUUGGCAUCGCUGGAUUUAUUUCGAGCAUUUUAGCUCUUGUUCAGGGAUCAGGAAGUACUUCGGAUGAAUGCAUUCCAAGUAACAACACCGAAAGUGGCUUUGAACCUGUUCAACAUCCGCCGAAUUUUUCCGUAAAAUUAUUUUUUUUAAUUCAUUUCGGAUUUUAUCUACUAAGUUCAGCAGCUUUUUUACUUCUUGCCAAUGUAAAAAGUUUUCGCACGGAAUAUGCUCAAGUUUCAAUCAAAGAUGGCAAUGAUUACACAUUUAAAACUGAAAACUCCUUCAGCGAAAGUCAAACAAAUCUUAAUGAAAUGCCGGUUCAACGUGAAAAUUUAAAAAUAAUUUCCGCAUCGAGUUAUCGAUUUCUCAUGACUUUGACGGGAGUUUUGAGCAUAAUUUGUAACGCGGUUCUUCCAAGUAUUCAGUCAUUUUCAACGUUGCCUUAUAGUACAGCAACUCAUCAUUAUAGUGCAAUUUUUAGUUUGAUGGCGAAUCCCGUAGCUGAUAUAAUUCGACUUUUCACGCCGGAACGUUCGGUUAAAGGAAUUACAUUUCUCGUGGGAGUUUUGGCUAUUCCAGCGGGAUAUAUUUUAGCUUUGGCGUUGAUGAGUCCAAAUCCUCCGUUGCAAAAUACGUUCAUGGGACCUGUUUUGAGUAUCGCAGCUUGGACAAUCUACACAGGCCUCUACAGCUUCAUCAAUGUUUCCAUCAUCACAAUUUUCCGUCAACAAGGCGGCAAGAGUCUCGUUUGGAAUGGCACAACAGCACAAGUUGGCUCAUUUACCGGCGCAAUAAUUUUCUUCUUCCUCAUCAAUUAUACAAACACUUUUAAAUCAUUUGAUCCUUGCAAUAAUCAUCAAAGCUUGUAAUAUUUUUUUUUCUUGCUUUGAUAUCACCAAUUAAGACGUUCCUUCAACAAGUUCUCUUUUUAAUGAUCGACAUUUUUGUUUUUUUUUUAUUUUUUAUUCCUGACGACAUAACAAUCAAACUUUCUUUGACUGAAUUUUUUUUCCUGCCUUCUUUAAAAAAGACGCACCAACCAUCUGCAACCAUAACAAGAUACUUGACCUUGAUUUCCUUUCAUGUUUAUUUUUUUUUGUGCGUUUUUAUAUUUAUUUUUUUUUUCUUCUUCAUCAUAAAAACUCUCGUAAAAAUCUUUCAUCUGCUUAAUAACAUUUGUACAGUGCGCGAUAUUAUGCAGAAACAUGAUGUUGUUGCGGAGAGAAAAAAAUAAUAAUUUACCUUUCGUUCGUUUUUUUUUUUUUAUUUAAUGGAUAGACGUUGAAGCAGCACUUUAAAUCGCAACAAAAAUCCCUAAUUCAUGGAAAAAAAAUAUAAAUAAAAUUAUCGAGUGUUCUUAUGAAUAAUUAUGAAGAAACAAGUUCGUUCACCGAAAAAAAUGAAAAAAUAUUUUGGAAAAUUUGAAUUUUUGUUCAUUCAGCAAAAAAAUUCAUAUUAUUGCUAUUUUUUGUAUUUUUUGGAGUAAAAAGACAUGCACAUUGAUGCAAAAAGA